CUAGUACUAUAUAGUAUACAAACAACAUGCUACUACCAUGUGAUUUCCAAUUAACAACAUAAUAAAUAUUGAACCAAUAACAACAACAUCCUCAACCUCAACUUUAACUUUGUCAUGGCAAAUAUACCUCUUUAUCUUCUUUGCAUCAUGGUCCUUCUAGCCUCAAACUCCAUACAUUCUCAUUCUCAGCAAGAUGAGUUUUUCUAUGCUGGAUUCAAUGAAGCUGCUACCAACAUAACCUUAAACGGAGGUGCAGUGAUUGAACACAAAGGCAUAAUUCGUUUAACAAAUGACACUGAAAGAGUACUUGGUCAUGCUUUUUAUUCAACACCAAUCCACUUCAAGAACAAAACCACAACCAAAGCUUUCUCCUUUUCAACUUCUUUUGCUUUUGCAAUAGUCCCUCAAUAUCCAAAACUAGGAGGACAUGGCUUUGCCUUCACCAUUUCACCUUCCAAAACACUCUCCAAUGGUUAUCCUAGUCAGUAUCUAGGCCUUCUCAACCCACAUGAUUUAGGCAACUUUUCGAAUCACUUAUUCGCCGUUGAAUUCGAUACUGUCCAAGAUUUCGAAUUCAAUGACAUCAAUGACAAUCAUGUUGGUAUCAAUCUUAACAACAUGGUAUCAAACAAAUCAGUUAAAGCAUGUUUUUUUACUGAUGGCUCGGAGAAUAAACAAGUUCAAAUUCAAGACCUUAACUUGAAGAGUGGUAGUGUGAUUCAAGCAUGGAUCGACUAUGAUUCCUCAAGAAGCAUUAUAGAAGUUAGACUCUCACCAACUUCAUCAAAACCAAGUUCACCAAUCUUAUCAUAUCAAGUAGAUCUAACACCAAUUUUCAAAGAAACUAUGUAUGUUGGGUUUUCUUCUUCAACAGGGUUACUCUCUGGCUCACACUAUAUAAUGGGUUGGAGCUUCAAAAUCAAUGGAGAAUCCAAAACUUUGUCUUUGAAAAAUCUUCCUUCACUCUCUUCACACAAUACUCGAACUCGAAAGGCCUUAAUCUUGGGUCUUACUAUUUCAUUUGUGAUUCUAAUAGUUUUAACAACUGGUUUAGCUUUUUACUUCAAGAUGAAAAACAAUGAUGUUAUAGAAGCUUGGGAACUAGAAGUGGGACCACAUAGAUUUCCUUACAAAGAACUAAAGCAGGCUACAAGAGGGUUCAAGGACAAGAACCUUCUUGGGUUUGGUGGUUUUGGUAAAGUUUACAAAGGGGUGUUACCAGAUUCCAAAACUGAAAUAGCUGUGAAACAAAUCUCCCAAGAAUCAAGACAAGGGUUGCAAGAGUUUAUCUCAGAAAUUGAAACAAUUGGUAAACUUCGUCACAGGAACCUAGUACAGUUACUAGGUUGGUGUCGGAAGCGAAAUGAUUUAAUCUUAGUGUAUGAUUUCAUGGAGAAUGGGAGUUUAGAUAAGUAUAUAUUUGAACAACCAAGAGCAAUAUUGAGGUGGGAAGAAAGGUUUAGGAUUAUAAAAGGUGUGGCUUCGGGGCUUGUUUAUUUGCAUGAGGAAUGGGAACAAACAGUGAUUCACAGAGAUGUGAAAGCAGGGAAUGUUCUUUUGGAUUCUGAGAUGAAUGCAAGAUUAGGUGAUUUUGGUUUGGCUAAGCUUUAUGAUCAUGGUGAGAAUCCAAGCACGACGAGGGUGGUGGGAACUUUGGGGUAUUUAGCACCCGAGUUAACGAGAACAGGGAAACCAACAACUAGUUCUGAUGUGUUUGCGUUUGGGGCAUUGUUGUUGGAAGUGGUUUGUGGGAGAAGACCUAUUGAGCCUAAAGCAUUGCCUGAGGAGCUUGUUUUGGUGGAUUGGGUUUGGGAUAGAUUAAGGUUAGGAGCGGCUUUAGAGAUUGUGGAUCCUAAGUUGGCUGGGGUUUACGAUGAGGUGGAGGUUUUAUUGGUGAUUAAGGUGGGGUUGUUGUGUUCUGAAGAUUCGCUGGAGCGGAGGCCUACAAUGAAGCAGGUAGUUAGGUACUUGGAGGGGGAGUUGCCGUUGCCGGAACUUGAUGUUUUUGGUGUGAAAAAGGGUGGUGGUGGUCGUCAGUUUGAGGGAAUGUAUCCAAUGUCGCCAUUCUUUGAAAGCGUGAAUACAUGGUCGUCGACGGGUGGAUAUGAUUCGUCUCUUUCACUUUCCGGUGGCCGAUAGGAUAGGUAGUUGACUGACUCAACAAAGCCUACGCUACGUAUUUUGUUCGAUUUGUAUAUAUAUUGUUUUUAUUAUUGUUGUAUAAACUUCUUCUAUCAAGAAGCAAAUCCAUAUUGGAAUAUCAUCAAUGCAAUGCAAACCACCAUAUGAGAUCA